AUGCGAGUGUACACGCUCGACACCGUUGCCAUCGCUGCCAUCCUUGCGCUCGCCAACACUCCGGCAGUCGUGUCCGCAGCUGUCGUCAAUUCCCCAUCGGGUUCGCCUGGCGCUGCCCACGACUCCGCCGUCACGGAGAGGGGGUUGCGGUCUGCCAAACAUGAGAGCGGUGAAGAAAGGUUCGUGUGGCCGUACCGCUACGCGUUUUCGUGGGACGAACACCUGGCUGCAAACCGUGACCGGCUCAUCAGUCUGAUACACAGUUCACAAGAGCCUUGGGCGCUCACUCAGCUUAUAAAGAAAUUGAGAUUCGUGCGUACAGACGAAGCAGCACAUACUCGAUCCAUGGAUGAUGCUCUGAAGUUACUGAUGAAGGUGGGCGGGGACCCUGCUGCGGCGGAAUCGGCAAGUAUCGCGACACGUAAUGGGCAUUUCUCCGGGGCUAAGGAGACAAUGCUGGACCGCCUAUCGGCUCUAUGGGUGCAAAGGAAAGAAAAUCCGGAGAGCCUUUUUCGCGCUCUAAAGCUUGACGAGGACCGUGACUCAAUCAAUGUGAACCGACUGAUGGCACUCGACAACUUUAUUGGCAAACUGGAGGGCGAGGACGUGUCGCUAAUCCGAAUGCUGCUUUGGCACUACUACGAUGAUAGACUAUUGUCUCGACUGUUGGCCAGAAAUUCUUGGAAGGAGAUGGCGGCGAAAUGGUAG